UAGCUAACACCAUUUCUUCAUCAUUCACCAUCUUCUCCAAAAAAACAGAGAGACAAAUACAAAUGGCUGGAGAGGAUUUGUUGAGACUGUUCGAGCAAAACUGGUCAGAGAGACUAAUCUUCAAGAAAGACAAAGAGAAUCUGAAUGGAGGAAGCCGAUCAGGGAUUCCAAAGAAGAAAGAAGCGGAAGAAGAUGAUAUGAAAAAUUCUUCGGUGAGCUUUCUUGUAGAGAGGGCUAUGAGUGAUGAGACGAUGAUGAUGACGACAACAAGUUCCAAGACAAGUUUGUUUAGUUCUUCAUCAGAUGAUCUGUUCUUGUCUCCUAGAUCUGUCUUACCCGUUAAAGCAAACCCGAUGAAGCUUCAGACGAUUCUCUCCGGGAAAGCAGUGAACGAGUUUACGAUUGCGGAAAGGGAAAGAGCACUAAUUACAAAGAAGGAAGAUCUGCAGAGGAAGAACAGUAAUAAGAUGAUGAAGAGAAAUGUGAGGAGAAGAAAGGGAAAGAGUAUGUCAGAUUUGGAGUACGAGGAGCUUAAAGGGUUUAUGGAUCUAGGUUUUGUCUUUUCCGAGGAAGACCACAAAGACUCCGAUCUGGUUUCGAUUCUUCCUGGAUUACAGAGAUCAUUACUGAAGAAAGAUGAUGGAGUUGCGCAAGCAGUAACAGAAGAAGAAGAAGAUAUGAGCAAUGGAAACAGAGUAGCGAGACCGUAUUUGUCGGAAGCGUGGGAUCAUUGUGGAGGAAGAAAAGGAAAAAAACAAUUAAAGCCGGAGAUAAAGUGGAGAGUUCCGGCGCCGGCAGCUAACGAAGUUGACUUAAAAGAUAAUCUAAGGCUUUGGGCUCAUGCCGUGGCCUCGACUAUUCGAUGAUAACACACAAAAUUAAAGAAACAUAGUUUUGGGAUUCUGAAAAAAGAAGGGCAUGCCAACUUUUUUCUGUAUCAAUAGUUUUUGAUCAUUCUGGUUUUCAAAUUCAUGUGAAAUAAAAAGAAGAAAAAGUAUGAUGAGGUUCGAUCUCUAA